AUGCCCACCGUGCUAUCAGCUCUCCAAAGAAGCGUCCACGGUGUGCUCUUGGGCAAAACCCAACGUCCAGACUGGAUAACACACGGUAUACCUGUAAACACUAAGUUGGAUUCUUUUCAAGUCCGCUUACCACAAGAACUUCAAACUUACAGCUUAGUUCUAAAUUCUUUAGCUUGCGAUGGACAAUAUUUGUAUUUAUUUACUUCCAAGGGGUUGUUUAAAAUAGGUAGCGGUUAUGGAAGUACCUUAAAAGGCCAUAUUUAUGUUUGGAAGCCUGAUUUUUAUCCCAAUGAUAACGGUACACUUGUUUUUUGCUCGGGCAACCUUUAUCUUAAACUUUGUGGCCGAAGAGGGGGUGAAUUUUUAAUUGUUGAAAGAAAUAAUCUGCUUAUAUCUGGAUCAGUUCCUCUGCAUAGCAGGGAUGCUACAGCUUCUGUAGUUUUCUCAGAUGGGGAAUAUUUGGGCACCAUAUCUCCUGCAAAAGACGAUGGUUUUGUGGUCCGCCUUUUAAAUCAAAAUACAGUACCAGCUUCAGUAGUAAGCGAGUUACCUUUAAAGUUAGCUAGAAAAUGCGUUGACGUUUUUGGAGCAGCCUCAUAUGAAGAAGAAGCUGGUGCGUACACUCUUAAUAUAGGUAGUGAAGAAGAGGUAGCCAUGAUUUGUGCUGGUAAAGAGUUUGGAUUGGUCAAAACAGUAAACGGAAAAGUAUUAUAUUGCGGGAAAGCAUCCGCCAUAGGAAUCAAACAAGUAGGCAUACGUAAUGGUAAAUGGAAUGAUUUACUGAUAACCAAAACACCCAAAAUAAAUCACAUUGCCAUGGGGCACGACGGCCUCCACGCUGUCUUGAUUACUGAAGAUGGGUCUGUAUUUUUCACCGGUACUGCUAAAAGAGGUGAGGAUGGAGAUCAAAGCAAAGUGCGAAGACAACCCAAACCAAUAAAACCCAAAAAAAUUAUUAAAGUGGAAGGGCAAUUUAUCGUAUCUGCUGCUUGUAAUAAUGGAACAACCGCUCUCAUUAACAAAGAGGGUAAACUGUUAAUGUUUGGUAAAGAUACGGCUCACGCUGAUCCAAAUACUGGUUUUAUUAAUUCCUUAAAGGAUGAAUUUAUAAGUCAAGUGGCACUUGGCAAGGCACAUGCCUUGGCUUUAACGAGUAAAGGACACAUUUUUUCUUUCGGUAUAAAUAACAAAUACCAAUGCGGGAGAGACUUUGUAAACUCGAAUAAAGAAGGUAGUACUACUAACGUUAUAGCGAUGGAGACCUGUGGAAUACAGGAGGAAAAUGAGAUUUACGAGGAACCGGAAGAAAACGAUAAAGGGAAUAAUCUGGUUGAGCCGGAUGAAAAUGUUUUAGAGCAACAGAAAAAUAUGUGCCCCUCUGGAAUGCACUUGUGGCACGAUGAUAUGUGUAUGAUUUGCACUGUUUGUAGGGAAUGCACGGGAUAUUCAAUAAGUUGUUUAUCAUCGAUCAGUUCCGAUAGAAAUCCUGGAGAGGAAUGUGGCUGUGGUGAGGGCGAUAGUGGUUGCUCUAUCUGCGGGUGCUGCCGUAUUUGCGCAAGAGAAGUAGUUGAUAACUCAGAAUUAGCAGAUCUGGCUGGAAUGAUGAGAUUAGACUUGAUAUUCAGAGAUAAAAUGCUUAUACCGCCGAGGCAGAGGACUAAACUUCAAGAACAAUUGCAGACUCGUUUGGAAGAACGGAAAAAUAGAAGCCGCAAAUCACCAGCCAGUUCAAGUAAGCCAUCAGUUAAAAAAGGAUGCUCAAAAGUUCCAACAUCACCUUCAUCUACUCAUAGAUCAAAUAACUCGGUUAAAAAAUCCAAUAUGCUUGGAGUGGUUAAAGAACAAUCCAGUUCAGAUGUGGAAAGAGAUACCACAAGGGUUGCUUCGUUAUCCCCUGCCAAAGUCCCAUUACCAUCAGACAUUCCAGUAAUUCAAAUAGCAUGUGGACUUCACCAUAGUGUUUUACUUUUGCAAAAUGGACAGGUUUACACUUUUGGAUCGAACAUAUACGGUCAGCUGGGUUGUGGUGAUAUUUUGGCUAAAAGUGGAUUACAACAAGUAAAAUUACCAGCACCUACAGUGCAAAUAGCUGCUGGUAGCAAUCAUACAGUUAUUUUGACUUCUAAGGGUGAAGUUUACACUUUUGGCAACUAUCAGAAAGGACAAUUGUGCAGAAACUCGUCGCAAUUCUCUCAGGAUGCUUCCCAACCUGGUCAAAGUAGCAGUUCUAGGUAUAUAAAUCCUAGGACGCCUUGGUAUAGCGUACCGGCUUCUAUUCCAAAUAUAGGGGCUGUAUAUGGAAGAAGAGCUACUUGGGUUGGUGCUUCAGGUGACCAAACUUUUCUUAAAAUUGAUGAAAGUCUCAUUAACUCUGUUAGUAUUGCAAAAUCUACAGUAACAGCCAACAAACAUUCAAUUGUUUUUACACCAACUCAGGAAGAAAAUGCACGUAAUUUUAAAUGCCUAGUCAUCAAUAAAAAAGAUGGUAAUUGUAACUUCUUCAAAGGCAAAGAUCAAAUGGAUUUUUUUAACAGCAUUGUGUGUAUGGAUCCUAUUUACAAUGUAAUAUGGGCCUACAACUCGGAAACUCACGAAUUAUCUGUUUUCAACAUAAUAUUCUCCGAAUUGCAAGUCAAGAAUGUCGUAAAAACAUCCAACAACAAAUAUUUGACCAACAUAAAAAAUGUUUCAAACUGCAUGCCAGAAACUGAAAACAAAGUCAACAUUACAGCUGUUUUGUCUCCAGAGUUGGCUUUGCCAGUCUUAAAUAAUUGUUAUAUAACCAGAUUUCAAGCUGCGAUUAAUCUUUUGUGUUGUUUGGACACUUUAACAACAGCACAUGAAUUGAAAAUAACUGCGGUACCUGAAGAUGUUAGUGAUAUGCAAUUGGUGACAGGAAAACAGUAUUCAAAGGAGGAUUUCCAAAGCGUUAAUCGAUUUGAGUCGCAUGGUGGAGGAUGGGGGUACUCUGGACACAGCAUCGAAGCUAUAAGAUUUAUGGCAGAUACAGACAUUCUUCUGGGUGGUUUUGGUUUGUUUGGAGGUCGUGGUGAAUAUACCGCUAAGAUUAAACUAAUGGAUAUAGGACCAGAUGGUGGUGAACAAGAAGGUGAUGGAGAUUUGUUGGCUGAAACCGAAGAAGUGCCCUAUGAAUGUGGACCUAGGCAAAAGUAUCCCAUGCUUUUUGAUGAACCACUACAACUACAAGCCCAUCGUUGGUACGUUGCUUGGUGCCGUAUUAGCGGUCCCAGCAGCGACUGUGGAUCUUCAGGCCAAACUAUGGUUACUACUGAAGAUCAGGUGCUCUUCUACUUUAAAUCGUCCAAAAAGUCAAAUAACGGAACCGAUGUUAAUGCAGGGCAAAUUCCCCAGCUUCUUUAUAAAAUCAUAACACCAGAGAAUAAAUCAUUACCAAGGCAAAUGGAUAUUUUGGAGCCGGUUCAUAUGCUUACCAAAGAUUUUUCUCGUACUGUUACGAAAGAAUGUUUCCAGAGUUUGCUAUCUUUACUGCAGUGGUCUUGGAAUACUUUUAAGUGGGGUGUUGUUGAAGGACAAUCCAGUAAGAAUAUGUAUACUACAUUAGAACUAGAAAAAUUAGUUUAUAUAAGCAAAGCAAGUUUAAGAUUAAUUCGUACCUAUAUCAAUGAAAUCUACCCAAAUCAGGUCAACAAAAGAUUGCCUCUAGAAAACGUUCAUUUGGCUGAAAGUAUUGGAGACGUAAGGCAACUUUUAAAACAAAUUUUGUCCGAUAACAUACCAAGCAACCUUCAAAACAAAAAAUCUAGUAAAAGCAAAAAUUUCGCGUACACAAUGAUGAAUAGUUUACUGGACGAAUGCCAUGGUACCUUUGUAGCCUGCUAUCACGCUUUUUAUCCAACCUCUUAUUUAAAAUGGAUAAGUCUAUGCGAUCUUCUGGAUGAUUCAGAUAAGGAUCAAAGAAUUAACAAUCAAAGGCUUUUGAGUGCUGUUCUGUGCGCUCUCUGUGGUCCAAGUGUAAGAUUGAGAAGCACUUUCCCUUUACUUGGUCACAACGUCAGUUCCGAUGGUUCAUUCCACCGCGGUUUAAGUCCUUCAGAUAACACAGGUCUACCAAUGAUGAGUGUGUCGGAUUCCCAUCACUAUCCGAUUUUAGUUGAGCAAAUGAGCUACAAAAGCCAGAUGGAAUCUAGUGGAAAUACAACAAACUGGCAGUGGAAAGAAAUCCUCAAUCACUUAAUCAAAAUAAUAUCUGAACCGGUGAUCAAAAGAUUACACAAAAACAAAAAUUUACCACUACACAGCUUGACUAAGCACUGUUGUCAUUUGCUCGCGAGAGUUGUGGCUGAAUUGGUGCACCAAUGCAGCGUUGCUGAGGAUGACGUUCAAGGAGCUUGCGGCAGGACUUUGCACAUGACUCCUUCGAGAUUUACGAGAACGAACCAAUCACGAACGUGGAAUACCGGAAACGGAUCACCGGAUGCUGUUUGUUUCCAAGUUGAUCAUCCUGGAGUUACAAUCGUUGGUGUUGGGAUUUAUGGGGGAAUUGGGCAUUAUGAGUACGAAGUAGAAUUGUUGGAAGAUCAAAGUUCCGUAAGCAACUCUGAAAGUCAUGCUCAUACACAUCGUUGGAGUACAUUGGAAUCUGUUAGAGGGUCAUUUGGACCUGAAGAUUUUGCCCCGGAAGUUAUUGAAAUUAAGUUUGAGCGAUCUAUCCCCAUCAAAGAACAUGUAAAAUACGCAUUAAGACUACGUAAUCAUGGAGGAAGAACCAACAAUGGUGAUGGCGGACUUAAUUUUGUCAAAGGUUCAGAUAAUACUACUUUUACAUUUUCCACUUGUCCCUUAAGUUUUAAUGGAACAACAUUGACAAGGGGACAAUUACCUAUUGUAUUGUAUUAUAGUAAACCAAUUGAGUGCGGAAGACCAUCAACAACAAAACUGGAAUACCAAGCAAGGAAAUCUGCACUAUCAAUUGCUAGUAUUAUAAUUCAAAAUACUUGCAAGUUAAUGGUUUUGGCACGCGAAAAAGCCGAAGAAAUACCUUCUGCAGACAUACUAAGCAACUCCUGCAUUGUAUCCACUCUUUUACCUUUGGUGUUGGCAUACUUAAGCCCACUGGCUUCUAGCGAUUCGAGAAGUUCCGUUUAUAUUUUAAAUUUGAUUCAAGAAUUAUUGCCCCAUGUUGCCGCUUUGAAUUUGGUGAAUCAUAACACGAAAUCGUCCAUAUCUUCUAGUAUUUUAACCUAUCAAGACUUAGAAUUUAAGACUAAUACAACCAGUAACCAUUAUACUUGGGUACAAAGUGACCAUCCUUAUAAACCUGCAACAGUAUACAACUUUAGAGUUAAGCUUCAGGAUAGUGUAAAAUGGAUGUCGAUAGAAUUUGACCAACUGUGUGCCACUGUCCAACCAGAAGAUUCUUUACAACUGUACGUCCCAUCGUUAGAACACGUGAUUAGUAAGCAAGAUCUUUCCAAAAUUGCAGAAAUUUAUGAUGAAGACACUUCUCCCUUACCCUACUGGCCGGUUUUGCGUAAAUUCAGCAGCAACAUUCUCUGGCCGACAAAAUCUGUAAUAUUGCCAGGCAACGAGGUCAUUUUCUCAUUGGAAACGGCAUCAGAUUACCUUAAAGACGACAGGGCGAGUUCGUAUGGCUUUAAAUGUUUGGUGGUGGGUUAUGAAUGGCCUAUGGAUGUCAAACAAGGUUCCAUGCACGGAUUAAAACAUUUGGAGGCUGAACUCUCUUUUCUUGGUGGAAUGUGUGCUGCCAGUUUGAUGAAAAAGGAUUUAAUACUACCUUUAUCUGGAGAUGAAGGUGAUAUUGACAUCGAAAUGGCAGAAGCAGUAACAGCUUUGACGUUUAAAAAGCAUUCUUCUCUUUUAUCAAAAGGACUUUCUUUAAAUAGCGCUCCCACUAUUACUCAGGCGUUAGAUGGACUUCUGCCUUACAGUGUUCAUUCAAAUGAAAGACUUUUCCUGAGAGAUUUCGUGAAUUGCGUUGCGGGAUCCAGUGGCGGACGUCUGGCCCAAUGGCUUCAACCCGGGAGCAGAGUCGACUCGUCAAAAUGCCAGGUUUUAUAUUCCCGAGAAGAUUUAAGAUGCGGAUGGCCUGCUAUCAUCACUAUAGUAACCAGAGACCAAUACUCUGAUUUGGUACACGUACCAAACAUGAAGGUUGACGUAAAAGCAACACCAAUUGAUAAAAUGGAACUUGGAGAUGAUAGCGGUAGAAAAAUGAGGAGAGUCAGUCAACCCGAUCCUUUGACUUUUGGAGGUCUUCCUCCUCCUCCUUUACAUCAUCCAUAUGAACCAACAAUAAAAGAAAAAAUGUGUUUCCAUUCUAUUACAGUCAUGAAGCCAUAUCAAAAUUACUCGUUCGAAGAGUUACGCUAUAUCUCACCUCCAGUGAAAAGGUUUAGUGAAAACAUGUUGGUAAGACCAAAUUGCGAUGGUACUUACAGCGCUACCUGGACCCCAGCAUCAGUAGGUUGCUACUCCAUUGUUGUCAAUAUUGAUGGUUACGAAAUGGAAGAGAUAUUUAAAGUGGAAGUGGUAGAACCUCCCCAAGGCAUGACGCCACCAAAUCAAAAUUUGGCCAAGAAAACAAGUCAUCAACCAAACAAACUAAGAAAGUUUGUUGCUAAAUAUUCUGCCGGGCUUAGAGUCAGAGCUCAUCCUUCAUUACAAAGCGAACAAAUUGGAAUAGUACACGUAAAUGGAACCAUAGCAUUUAUAGAUGAAAUUCAUAAUGAUGAUGGAGUUUGGUUGAGACUAUCAGCAGAUACAAUACGACAAUACUGCAAUGACGCAUUUGUAGAAGCUUGGUGUCUACAAUACAACCAACAUUUAGGUAAAACUUUACUUCUGCCUGUCCAAGAACCCAAAACCGUAUUGGACCAAGUUAUAUCCGAUGCCAUAAUGAGAAAUACUCCACAGAUAACCAGACCAAAAUCCAACUGCACCAAAUACCAAGUUAUAAAAUGCGGAGCUUCCGGACACAACAUAAGAAGCCAUCCAAGCCUCAAAGCUCCUCCUAUAGGUAUGCUUAUUCUGGGCAACAAAAUAGGGGUUAAAGAAUAUAUAGUCAACUCGGACGGUUGUUGGGUCUUGCUGGACCAAGCGACCAAAGACCAAUACUGUUUUAACACUGAAGGGGAUGCGUGGUCUUUGGCGAUGGGCCACAAUAAUGUUCUGUACUUGGGAAACCUCAUAGAACAAUUAGCGGCAGGACAAAUACCUGCUAGGUCGCCGGAAUCGCUCCAUUUAUUGAAGAGGGGUUUUGAUUUUUCGCAAAAACCUGUAGAAUCGAGUUUUUCCUUUGCAGAUUCUUCCAAUGAACUGUCAGAGGAACCGGUGUCGACGAAUCCUUUUGUUUUUGGUGAAAAUUAUCGACCUGGGUCACCAAAAUUUCCCAAAAGGGAAAACACAGAUAGUAGUGGCAUUCAGAAGUGGUUCAAAGUAGAGGAAUCCAAAAGCGAUUUUGUUGGAAACAAGGACAAAAAAUACGUUUUAGAGCAGCAAGGAUCCAAUGGUAAUGGAUCUACGCCACCUGAUACUCCUAAACAUAAAAGUGGGGGUUACUCGCCAAAAAAGUCGAGUUUUUCAUUGAGAAGGGACAGCAGUUCUUCUGAGGGUCCUUGGGAGGUACCAACACCUUCAAGAGGUUCAUUUUCCUCCCCGAAGAAACCAUCAGAAGAAGAUCCAAAUUUCAGAAAACUAACGCAAACAGGCACUCAGACUUCUCCUGAAAACGUAAAUAAUUCACCAAUUAAAGGGCAUUUUUCAAUAGGAACACUUUGCAAAGAAGAGAAGGUAUCUCCAAAAUUAUCUAGAAAAGAUCGCGUUGGUGGUAAAGUUCGACCAAAAAGAGUUAUUUCGCCAGCAAAUGUUCACAAUGUGCCCAGCAAAGCAAGCUUUCCCAGCAGUGAAGUUGCAAAGGAGGCAAUGAGUCCAACUGUUGCAGAAUCUUUAAGGGCUACGUUUGCUGCUUUCCUUUGGCAUGAAGGAAUUGUUCAUGAUGCUAUGGCCUGCGCCUCAUUCCUCAAAUUCCACCCUACUCUUCCCAAACAAGGAGCUUUAGUUGUAACCAGACAUCAAGAAUUUCCUGUAGAUAAACGUAAGCAGGCCCUUACCAAAGAAGAAAAAGCCCGUCAACGUCAUUCCGUCGAAGUUAGUAAUGCAGAUCACUACUUACACAUCAAACCAUCCACUUUGGAAGCGCUUACUAGAUCGGCUGCAAACGCUAGCGCCAAUAGAAACAGAAAGAAGAUGCCCGAUGGAGUAAUUAAGGAAGAAACAGAGCAGGUGUAUCAAACCAAAUCGAUACUGCCACCUGCUUUAAAGUCGCUGGUUAUUUUGUGGGAAGAGCUGACUUCUCAAUGUUUGCAAGCCAUUUCUCAGCAAUUGAUCGAGACUAAUAGCGAAAAACAGAAGAGAAAUGAGAAGAAUGAAAGUGAUAAUAAUGAUGCAAGAGGUAAGAAUCUUGUGUUGGAAAGGGAGAGCAGAAGGAAUAGAAAGAAAAAAGUGCCAUCCAGAAACUAUUUAGAAGAUAUUGGUUUAUCCAGCUAUUUACAUCAAUCUGAUGGAGAUACACCGUGUGAGUUGUGUGGAGACUUUUUUCCUCAUCCGGUAACAUACCAUAUGCACCAAGCCCACCCAGGUUGUGGAAUACAUGCAAAUGGUAAAGGAUAUAAUUCUGGAGGAAACUAUUGUCUAGGUUGGGCAGGAAAUUGUGGCGACGGAGGCACACCUGGUAGUUCAUGGUAUCUUAUGUGCGAAAAUUGUCGUGAUAAGUAUAUAAAGUCCAUACGUCCGGGAAAACAUAGGAAAAAUAGAGCACUACAUCGCAGAAAGGCUGAAGAAAUGAAGCUUCUCUCAACACCGGGUCCAAUAUUGGAACCCCAUUUAAUUAUUAAAAAUAACGCAAUGUUUUUAUUGGAUCUCGCCAGUUCAGCGGACACUAAUAUUGGUAGUCAAAUAAGAAACUCUACAAGUUUAAUGCCAUCUGUAUCUGAAAACCAUUCGCCGCCUGAUGCUACCGGACCUUUUGCGCCUGUCCCACCCUUCCAAUGUUUACAAGCAUUAGAAGCUAACUUAAGCAAAGAUGAACCAUCGUUCUACGAAGAGGUUUUAAGACAACAGAUUACUCCGACUGGGUUUAACUCUGGACUAUCCAACUACCCUCAAAGGCCUCUAUCAGAUAUAUCGGAUAACCUUAACUUUAACAAAGGCUUAAGAUUCCAUAGGUCAGUUUCUAUGGGGACAAAUGGUAUUCCUUGGUGUAAAGGCGGCCUUGAUGGUAGAGUUAUUAUGAUGAGAAAAAGAAACAAUAGCAGCAGUGAAAUUGUUAAUGAUGGAGGCACAUCUUUGCUCUGUAAUCCGUCAUCAGCCCUUCAAAAGUUGGUUCCAAAGAAAGAUACAUCAAAUGAUAAAUUGGCCGUGGAACCGCUUAAUUUGGAAAUAAGUCCAUUAAUGGAGAGACCAGUUUUACAAUUCCUUUUUGAAAAUCACGAUUUAGAGUCCAUGCAACUAGCAAUGAAACACGCUUUAAGGAAAGCAAUGUGUAGGGUGUAUGCAAUGCAAGCUCUUAACUGGUUAUUGCAUUCUGUUACACAACCAAUCUGCCUACACGAUCUUUUGUGGUGGUUUGUUACAUCACUUACUCCCGUAAAUAUAGAAACAGAGUGCGAAGAGGAUAACAGACCACUAAAAAAAGUUGAAGAUCUGGAUACCUACGUAUGCGAGCACCCCCUCUCAGAUCUAAAAAUUGCUGGUGAUUCCGUACAUCCAUUGCCCAGUACUUUCCACGCCCUUCUGCAGACUAUCGCAGACAUUAUGGUUCUUCUCCCUAUUGGUUCAUCUUUACAGCAAAUGGCAGUGCGUUGCUGGGGACUGAAAUUUGAACCAUCUGACCACAGUUUUUUGCAUAGAUCACAAGUUUUCAGCAACAUCAGCAAAAUUUUGUCUAGAAGCGAAGAAAUGGAGGACUGCACUUUGUCCAUGCAUGAAAGUCAUCAGCAUCUAUCGCAAAGUAACAACAUUGUGGAAUCGCUGAAAGAUUUAACAUCCUCUGUGGACAUUAAGGCUUCGAGUAGACAAGCUAUGGUGGGUAGUUUGACUGAUAAUUCUACUGAAACGUUCUGGGAAUCCGGUGAUGAAGAUCGAAAUAAAACUAAGAGUAUUACGAUUAUUUGUCCUCAAGGAUGUCAUCCAUAUAUUGUUUGUGUACAUAUCGAUAAUUGCAGAGAUUUGGGCAAUAAAGUGUCCACUAUUAUUUUUUACUCUGGAGCAAACGCUGAUGAAGUAUUAAAAAUUCGUACUAUGGAAGUUGAAACAAGAAUUUUAGGAGGGUGGUUUAAUUGCUUGAUACCAAAUGUAAAUGAUAACGUCAUUAGAUUGGAAUUUAAAGGGCCAGACAAUUCCGUCAGGAUCCGGCAGAUUAAAAUUCUUGGCAAACUUGAAGCUGAGACUUUAAAAGUAGGAAAGCAGUACAGCGCUUUAACGAUUCAGCAAAGAAACUGCGAAAGUGAAACCCUUAGAGUCUUUAGAUUGAUAACAUCUCAGGUUUUCGGAAAAUUACUCCUUGGUGAAGAAGGAGCUGUGAGUAGUGACAGUGGUUCUAUUAUAAAUAAUGAAUUUCCUGAUGGUAUUGAAGAAAAUAACGACUUAAGAGAGCAUAUGGUUGGAAUUUUAUUCAGCAGAAGCAAAUUGACGCAUUUGCAAAAGCAAGUUAUUGUACACAUAGUUGCAGCAAUACGUAAAGAGACGGAAAGGGUGCACGAAGAAUGGAGAACAAUGCUGUCCUCCGAUUUCUCUAAUCAAAGUUUGGAGAUCAGCAAAAGUUCUGAUACUUACUGUUUCGAAAUGUUGUCAAUGGUUUUGGCUUUGUCAGGAAGCAGUGUGGGGCGAUUCUAUCUGUCACAGCAAAGCGGUUUACUUUGCGACGUUUUAAAUUUAUUGCAUACAGGCAGUGCCAGGGUACAGAGACAGGUUACGUCUUUACUACGUAGAAUGUUACCAGAAAUUUCUCCGGAAACUUUUGCUAAAGUAACAGGCGUUGUUUAUUUGCCGCCGAAAGAUUUUAGUAUUAUUUCUGUGACCAGUAAGGAAGCCAGUUCGUCAAGUAAUAAUAGGUCUGGAAUACUAGAUGUUUUUUUGAGCAUCAUAGCUAAAGCUUUGACUUUGCAAGUUAAAGUAAAGAGUAAAAAUGGCGGUGGUUCAAACUUGAAGGAAGUAAGCACGGUGACUCUUGCUUCAUCUAUAUCGCCACGGGAUAAUUUGGGAAGUCAGUGGAGGCUUAAAGGAUAUGUUAAUAGAAAAUUGGCGGAAGUUAUCAUAAACCUUAUAAAGGAUAUGGCAUCUGGAAAACUAUCUGAAAGUUGGGCAAAUAUAACCAAAGGAGCUAUUGCCGAAAAUAUUUUGCAUCUUACUCAGUUAACUGAAGAAGAAAGAGUACCAAGUGUAUGUGUUAAAACACCUACGUUAUGGUUGGCUUUAGCAUCAUUGUGCGUUUUGGAUAAAGAUCAUGUGGAGAGAUUAUCUUCAGGUCAAUGGAGUAAUGCAGAAGGUCCUUCGCCGCCUCGUCCAACUUGCACCAAUCACGAUGACGGAGAAACCAACGCAGUCAUACAGUGCAAUACAUGCGGAAACUUGUGCCCGGAUUGCGAUCGAUUUUUGCACUUGCACCGAAAAACCAGAAAUCACCAAAGACAAGUGUGUAAGGAAGAGGAGGAAGCCAUUAAGGUCGAACUACACGAGGGCUGUGGACGUACUAAGUUGUUCUGGCUUUUGGCGUUGGCGGAUUCGAGGACUCUUAAGGCUCUUGUGGAAUACCGUGAUGGAGGUACACGUACUAAAGCUGCUGGUAUAAGUGGAAUAUGUCGUUUUUGUGGAACAAGUGGAAAUUCAGGGAUAUUGGCUAUCGGGAAUAUAUGUGCUGAUCAGGAAUGUCAAGAAUUUGGAAAAUAUGCUUGUCAAAAAUUGCUUAGCUGCGGACAUAUGUGCGGUGGUGUUCUAGGAGAGAAAAACUGUUUACCUUGUCUUCAUGGCUGUUCAAAGGAGUCUAACUUAAAGCAGGAUUCAGAUGAUAUGUGUAUGAUUUGCUUUACUGAAGCGUUGUCUUGUGCUCCAGCUAUACAAUUGAAAUGUGGACACGUUUUUCACUCACACUGUUCCAAGGCUGUGCUAAUGAAGAGAUGGAAUGGUCCAAGAAUAACUUUUUCAUUCUCUUUAUGCCCAAUUUGCAAAGUUGAAAUGGAUCAUGAUACUUUGGAAGAGUUUUUAGUACCAGUAAGAGAAUUGUACACCGAUGUUCAUAGAAAGGCACUUAUGAGACUCGAGUACGAAGGAUUACACACCGUUGAAGCUAUAGUGACCUCCGGUGCCAGAUUCUUUAAUGAUCCAGCUGCAUAUGCCAUGGAUAGAUAUGCGUAUUAUGUUUGUUAUAAAUGCAACAAAGCUUAUUAUGGAGGCGAAGCUCGUUGUGACGCUGAAAUGGGUGAAAACUACGACCCGACAGAGCUUGUUUGUGGAGCUUGCUCUGAUGUAGCAAGGGCCCAAAUGUGUCCCAAACAUGGCACUGACUUCUUGGAGUACAAGUGUCGUUACUGCUGUUCUGUGGCCGUGUUCUUUUGUUUUGGAACGACGCACUUUUGCAAUUCUUGCCACGACGAUUUUCAAAGGGUUACCAAUAUGACAAAGGACGAGUUGCCAAUCUGUCCUGCAGGUCCAAAAGCGAGGCAGAUGGAAGGGGACGAGUGUCCUUUGCAUAUUAAGCAUCCUCCCACUGGAGAAGAGUUUGCUUUAGGUUGCGGAAUUUGUAGAAAUGCUCAUACUUUUUAAAUGAAGUAAUAAUAAAUGUUAUACAAUUGUGUAACUGUAUCCAAUAAGUAUUUAUUGUAUAAUUUAAAUUACACUGAGCAACAAUUAUAAAAAAUUACGGGGAUGCAGUUUGGGUGGUCGAUAGUACUAUUUUUGUAAAACAAAAUCUUUAAUGUAUUGGAA